CGCUGGUCUUUGUAUGUAAUUUGUAAGGUGCAUAUCUGGGCAGGUUACUUCCAAGCACAGAGCCCGGUAAAGUCAACUUUGGGGUAAAAUCCAUGCCGCUUGGGCAGGCGUAGGAGGCCUCGGGGCCCAUCUCCACCUGCUCCCCUGUGCCCUGAGCUCCUCCCAAGGGGCCUGUGGGAGCCUUUGACUUCCUGUGGUUCUGCCUGGACUCAUCUCGGCUGGUGCCUCCUCCGGGAAGCGGGGCCCUCUGCUCACACCCUCCAGCACAGCAGCCAUCAUUCUGGUUGUUGUGUGGGAUGCGUCGAUGCAGGAAACACAGAGACGGUCGGUCUCUGAAUGAAUCUGACGACGCUGACCAGGUUCCCUUCGUCUCCUGGUGGACAGCUGUCCCGCUGGCCCACUGUCUCCCAAUGGAGGACAGCGGCUCGACGGCCUUAGAAGGGGACCCAGUGGAAGGCCCCGCCAUGCAGACUGCCUCUGAGCCCCACAAGUCCUUGUCGUUGGCCCACAGACACCUGAGCAGAAGGAAUGGACUUUCGAAACUCUGCCAGAGCAGGAUGGCACUCUCCGAAGACACAUGGAGCUCCUACUGUCUGUCAUCCCUGGCUGCCCAAAAUAUUUGCACAAGCAAAUUGCACUGCUCUGUGGCACUUGAGCAGGUGGACCUGGCCGGGUCCCUGGGCAGCGUGUCCUGCUGCUCCCUGCUGCGGGGCUUGUCCUCAGGGCGGUCCACGCCCCUGCUCCCGGCCCCCGUGUGCAACCCCAACAAGGCCGUUUUCACAGUGGACGCCAAGACCACAGAGAUCCUGGUUGCCAACGACAAGGCCUGCCGGCUCCUGGGGUACAGCAGCCACGACCUGAUCGGCCAGAAGCUCACACGGUUCUUCCUGAAGCCGGACUCCGAUGUGGUGGAGGCGCUCAGCGAGGAGCACGUGGAGGCCGACGGCCGUGCCGCCGUCGUGUUUGGCACGGUGGUGGACAUCGUGAGCCGCGGUGGGGAGAAGGUGCCGGUCUCCGUGUGGAUGAAGAGGGUGAGGCAGGAGCACAGCCUCUGCUGCGUGGUGGUGCUGGAGCCUGUGGAGCGGGUCUCGGCCUGGGUGGCUUUCCAGAGUGACGGCACUGUGACGUCCUGCGACAAUCCCUUUGCGCACCUGCUCGGGUACGCCUCCGGGGAGGAAGUGGUUGGGCAGCUCAUUACAGACCUGAUCCCUUCCGUGCAGCUCCCCGCUCCCAGCGAGCACAUCCCCAAGAACCUCAAAAUUCAGAGGUCUGUCGGGAGAGCCAGGGAUGGCACCACCUUCCCCCUGAGCCUGAAGCUAAAGUCGGAGCCCAGCAGUGAGGACACAGAUGACAGCACGGCGGCCCCCGCUGGGGGCUACUCCGCGUCCGUCUGGGUGUUCUCCACCAUCAGUGGGCUCAUCACGCUCCUGCCGGACGGGACCAUCUACGGCAUCAACCGCAGCUUUGCACUCACGCUGUUUGGUUACGGGGAGGCCGCGCUCCUGGGCAAGAAUAUCACUUUCCUGAUUCCUGGUUUCUACCGCUGCAUGGACCUUGCCUAUGGCAGUUCCUUACCACUGCUGGACCUGGCUGACUGCCCAGACACUGGCACCCAGAGUGGGCCUGGAGGGACGACUGGGGAUGCCCAGGAGGGCUGGAGCCCUGCCGGUGCAGCCGAGGAUCCGAGGGCGGACACUGAGACCCUGAAGCUGGUGGAGAGCCCCGGCAGCCACCCCAGGGCUCAGGCCCACUCCGAUGCUGGAGGCCGCCUCCCCUCCUCGCUGCAGACAACGAGGCCCGGGCUGGGGUCAGGAAUCCGGGCGCAGCCUAGUGAGACUGAAGUCAAGCUGUUGUCCUUGUGUGACCUGGGAGGCACAGCCCUGUGUGGUGGCCGCUCGGGCAGCUCCUCGGCCUGCUACGCCCGAGCCACAGACCUCCCGGGCGUCCUGGAGGCCCCGGAGGCUGACGAGAAUUCCUUCUCCUGGAACCUCAAGGAGCUCUUUCUCAGCGAACAGACAGAGCGCACCUCCUUGAGCUGUUCCUGUGCUACAUCUGAGCCCGGGUGGACACCCUCCCGUUCGCUGGUGGGCUCUGACGUGGAUGUGGGCGUCUUGCAUGGGCCGAGGUCAGAUGUUCUGGACGAUAGGGAGCUGCUACUGCUGACCGGCACCUAUUUCCAUCUCGGUGAAGGCUGGCACUUCCGUGAGAGCUGCUUGGGCCUCGGUGGGACAGGACCAUCUGAGACCUGCUUGGUGUCCUCUGAGCACUGUGAAGUGAGUGGCAGAGAGAGCCCAGGCUGCGUCCCUCCUGUGUCGGGAGCCAGCUCCGAGGACACAUGCCCAUUAGAGGAGCCCAGGCUGACCCUCCAGGUCACCUCCACGCCCGUGAGCAGGGACGGCUCAGUGAUGCUCGGGGCCGCCAGCCUGCAGCCUGAGAUCCAGGAGGGCACCUACGUGGGGAGCUGCUACCACCAGGACGGCUCAGAGCUGAGUGUGCAGUUUGAAGUGAAGCGGGUGGCGCUCCAGGGCUCGGCGGCCCUGUUCUGCUGCUGGCUGGUGAAAGACCUCCUGCACGGCCGGGACUCGGCCCCGCGGGCCCGCCCGCGCCCGGCCAGCCUGCCCGGCUCCGCCCACACCCCAGGGGAGCUGCCCGGAUCCUGCCCCGGGGAGUCGCAGGUGCUUGGAACCAGACCUUGGUUUGAGGAGCUCCCCAAGGCUGUGGAGCUGGAGGGGCUGGCAGCCUGCGAGGGCGCCUACUCCCGCAAGUACAGCACGCUCAGCCCGGUCGGCAGCGGGGCCUUUGGCUUUGUGUGGACGGCAGUGGACAAGGAGGCGAACAAGGAGGUUGUGGUGAAGUUUAUUAAGAAGGAGAAGGUUUUGGAGGACUGUUGGGUCGAGGACCCCAAACUUGGGAGGGUUACUUUGGAGAUCGCCAUUCUGUCCAGGGUGGAGCACGCCAACAUCAUCAAGGUGUUGGAUGUAUUUGAGAACCAAGGGUUUUUUCAGCUGGUGAUGGAGAAGCACGGCUCCGGCCUGGACCUCUUUGCCUUCAUCGACCGCCAUCCCAGCCUGGACGAACCCCUGGCAAGCUACAUCUUCCGACAGCUGGUGUCAGCGGUGGGCUACCUGCACUCGCAGAGCGUCCUCCACCGGGAUAUCAAGGACGAAAAUGUCGUCAUCGCUGAGGACUUCUCCAUCAAGCUCAUAGACUUCGGCUCGGCCGCCUACCUGGACACGGGCAGGCUCUUCUACACCUUCUGUGGGACCAUCGAGUACUGCGCACCCGAGGUUCUCCUGGGAAACCCUUACAAGGGGCCGGAGCUGGAGAUGUGGUCCAUGGGCGUCACGCUAUACACGCUGAUCUUUGAGGAGAACCCCUUCUGCGAGCUGGAGGAGACCAUGGAGGCUGCCAUCAACCCCCCGUACCUGGUGUCAGAAGAUCUCAUGAACCUCAUGUCGGGGCUGCUGCAGCCUGUCCCCGAGCAGCGCACCACCUUGGAGAAGCUGGCCGCAGACCCCUGGGUGACGCAGCCCGUGAACCUUGCUGAGUACACCUGGGAUGAGGUGUGUCGAGUGAACAAGCCAGAGAGCAGAAUUCUGUCCACUGUGGGUCUUGAGAUGGAGGCCAGGAGCCCGCGCAGCGGUUCGGGCCCAGAGCUGCACAGAGCCCCGUGCACCAGGGCAGGCCCCUGAUCGCCAGGCGGACCCCGCUUCCUGCCGCACCGCGUCAGUCAGUUAGGAAGUCCUACUAUUUUCAGCUCCUUCUGUUCAGAGAAAGUGAGUUCUCAACAAUUAGGCUCAGUUCACCUUCUAAAAACUCAUAUGCAAGCUUGAUAAAUGUUAGAACAAAAGCUAGUAUUAUAUUAGGUUUAUAAAAUAGACCUGGAAUUAAUUUUUUUAUGACCUUGAAAAAACUUCUAAUUUUUAAUUGAGUUUUGUACUGUCAAAGGGCUUUUAAUUUGUGAACUUCCAAAAGGCAUAAAAGAAGUUUUUAAUUCUCUUUCUACUUUGGUGUAUAUGUGCCUAUGUUUUUGUUUCCUUUGACUCAGUAUUGUAGAACUGGUUAGCCAAAUGACCAGACUGUUUCAUUAAUUUAUUUCCUUGAACGUUGUCCAGAUUAAAGGAAUUUUGCUAGUAAA